AUGGAGGGCAUCCCUCCUGAGGGAGGCCUGGCAGGCUGGCUUUCCAUCAUCGGCUGCUCUUGUGGCCUCUUCAGCACAUUCGGCUUUUUGAAUGCGGUAGGCGUGUUCCAAACCUUCUACCAAGCCAAUAUCCUCAGCGAAUACAGCCCCUCAACAAUAUCAUGGAUCUUCGCUCUCCAGCUCUGUUUGAUGUGGCUCCCAGGCCCGCUCUUUGGACGAAUCAUUGACACGUACGGGCCGCGACCUGUCUUGCUACCGUCCAGUGUGCUUUGUGUGUUCUCGCUUUGCAUGACCAGUCUCAGCACGAAGUACUACCAGAUCAUCCUAGCGCAAGGACUAGGCUUUGGAAUUGGAGCUUGUGGGAUUUUUACAGCAUCUUUUGUCUGUGCUGGGCAGUGGUUUGUGCGGCGGCGGGGCCUCGCUCUUGGCAUUGUGACGGGUGGGAGCAGUUUAGCAGGUGGUGUAAUCUUCCCGCUCUUCGUCAAUAAAGUCACAGAAGAUAUCGGAUUCUACGGUGCCGUUCGAUACACAGCGUUGCUCAUUGGGAUACUCCUGGCGAUUUCUUGUUGCCUUAUCACGGCGCGUCUCCCACCAAAGCCUUGGAACUCAAAAGGAAAAUGGAUUGACUUCACAUUGCUCAACGACAAGGGGUUCGCACUUUACACCAUCGGGGCAUUCCUUGUUAUGUGGGGACUCUGGGCGCCAUUUGAUUACCUUCCUAGCAUGGCACAAGCUACCUCGUCGUUUUCUGGUUCAAUGUCUAUUUACCUAAUCUCCAUCAUCAACGCUGGCUCCAUUCCUGGCCGUGUGAUCAUGGCGGCGCUCGCAGACAAGUACGGUUAUUUCAACAUGAUGUCGGCCAUUUCACUCUCAUCGGCGGUGAGCAUCUUCGCUCUAUGGAUCCCUUUUGACUAUUAUGCUUCACAUGCUGCGUUGGUUGUAUUUGCAACAGUAUAUGGGUACACCAGCGGUGGUUUCAUCAGCCUGUUAAUGCCCUGCACGGCGAAGUCAGGAAGUUUGAAAACUCUUGGAACGCGCUUUGGAACUUUUCAAUUAGUCAUGGCUUUUAGCUGUCUUACUGGAUUGCCGAUUGAGGGAGCUAUCCUUGCAGAAGAAGGGUCUUUCUUGGGAUUGCAGUUGUUUUCUGCUUGCUGUAUCCUCGCGGGGACCUGUAUGAUUGUUGGUGCCCGCGUUUCUUUGGGUGGGUGGUCAAUGACUAAAUUGAUCUGA